AUGUGGAAAGCGUACGACGAUUUUGUCGCAUUUGAUGACGACGACGUUGAUUGGUCGUACGUUUUAGAAGAAAAAGGCGAUGACAACUACGACGUUACCGUGGAGAAUACGGACAAUCAACCCCCAGUGUUAUCUGGUUCGCCAGAAACAUCCUCACUCGCUGUUGACCGUGACAUCGGUGAUCCCUCGGUGACCAGUACACACGGGUAUGAUUGUCCGUUCUGCAGUAAGCAUUAUAAAAGUGCCAGUGGAUUCAGAUGGCAUGUAAAAAAACACCACCACCAAGAUGUGAAGGCUUCUCAGCACAAACAUAUUAUAGCUGAUGACAAUUUAGAAGAUAAUUUGCAAAGAGAUGGUUCUAAAAAUGACAUAAAGACUCCAUCAGUUAGUUCAAAGAAAACAGGUUUUGUCAAUCCUCAUAGAGCUUUGGAUUUGGAUGAACUUAGUCAUAACAUGCCCAAUUAUAUUCAACAGGCAUUUGAAAAAAUUAGAAGUGACCCCAAUUUAAACUUUGAAACAAGUGUUCAUGGAAAGGAUAUUUCUGAAUUAGCACAUAUGCUCGAAAUGAAAAUAAAACUGGGUUAUGACAUCACCACAAUAACAGAAGUUAUGGUUAAAGUAAUAUGGAAAGUUUUAUCAGCUGGGGACAAGAUGACCUUGUACAGCACACAAAAUGAAGAGAUAUGGCAUACCUUUUACAAUGAAUGGAUUGAUACCACCACUACCAAGAUAUUAUCAACUCAAUUUUAUGCAAUUCUGGAGGACACACAAAUUAAUGAUUUUCACAUUUUCCUUUUGACAAGAAUUUUUUUGUUUGAACUUAUUAAAAUUGUCAGGACAAUUGAAAAUAAUGCUGAAGGUGAACUAAAUGCACAUGAACAUGAUGUCUCAUUGAGUAAUGAAGAGAAACAGGCUCUUCGUUAUUUUGCUGGGUAUAUCCCAUUUAAAAUAAUGAAAAAAUUAAAUAGAGCCAAAGGUGGUAUGACCCAGUUGUCAGAUAUAAUUGAUGAUAUGAGGGAAACCGACAAUGAUCAUAGUGGUGGCUGUAUGGCAGCUACAAAAACAUGGCUACACAAGCAAGACCGAGGCGGUUUGUUUAAUAUUACUGACAGAGUAUUUUUGUUCUUCGAAGAAGUAGAGAAAGUAUGCAAAAAGCAUCUCACCAACAAAAUAUUGAAUAUCUCCACCAGGGAUGUUCAUAGCAAAAUUCAGGAUGAUCUAUUUGCAAAUAGAAAAGUUAAUAUUCUUUGGUCUUGUGUGGCAAGAAAAGCAGCAAGUGAAGAGGCUUCAUCAGUUCUUGCUACUAUGGUUAUUAAACU